UCCCCCGCCCUCCUCCCCGCCGGUCCUGUCUCCAGCGGGAGCGCGAGACGCUGGUCAGGCUCCGCGGCGCAGCUCGAAAAUGAAUAAUCGCCCCCGGCGGACUUGAGAUUCCGCCGCCGCCGAGAUCCGCGCGCGGGGUCGCGGGCAUCCUCCAUCCAUCUAUCCAUCCAUCCUCCCUUUAAAAAGCAAAUCAAAACAAAAAGCCAGCCAGCCAACCAAGACUUCGGUUUGUUGAUCGCCUUAUCUUUUAUUUUUUUCACCGCUUGCGGGAUUCGCAAACCGCGUUACAUGCAUGUCCAGUGGGGGUAGGUUUAAUUUUGACGAUGGAGGGUCCUACUGCGGAGGCUGGGAGGACGGCAAGGCGCACGGCCAUGGCGUCUGCACCGGCCCGAAGGGCCAGGGCGAAUACACCGGCUCGUGGAGCCACGGCUUCGAGGUGCUGGGCGUCUACACCUGGCCCAGCGGCAACACGUACCAGGGCACUUGGGCGCAGGGCAAGCGCCACGGCAUCGGCCUGGAGAGCAAGGGGAAGUGGGUGUACAAGGGCGAGUGGACGCACGGAUUUAAGGGGCGCUACGGGGUGCGGGAGUGCACGGGCAACGGGGCCAAAUACGAAGGGACCUGGAGCAACGGACUGCAGGACGGCUACGGCACGGAGACCUACUCGGAUGGAGGAACCUACCAGGGCCAGUGGGUUGGUGGCAUGCGCCAGGGCUAUGGCGUGCGGCAGAGCGUCCCCUACGGCAUGGCGGCGGUCAUCCGCUCACCCCUGAGGACGUCCAUCAACUCCCUGCGCAGUGAGCACACCAAUGGCACGGCGCUGCACCCGGAUGCCUCUCCGGCGGUGGCCGGCAGCCCGGCCGUGUCCCGUGGUGGCUUCGUGCUGGUGGCGCACAGCGACUCGGAGAUCCUGAAGAACAAGAAGAAGGGGCUGUUCCGGCGGUCGCUGCUGAGCGGGCUGAAGCUGCGCAAGUCCGAGUCGAAGAGCAGCCUGGCCAGCCAGCGAAGCAAGCAGAGCUCCUUCCGCAGCGAGGCCGGCAUGAGCACCGUCAGCUCCGCGGCCAGCGACAUCCACUCCACCGUCAGCCUGGGCGAGGCCGAGGCCGAGCUGGCCGUCAUCGAGGACGACAUCGACGCCACCACCACCGAGACCUACGUGGGCGAGUGGAAGAAUGACAAGCGCUCGGGGUUUGGCGUGAGCCAGCGCUCCGAUGGGCUCAAGUACGAGGGCGAGUGGGUCAGUAAUCGAAGGCACGGCUACGGGUGCAUGACGUUCCCCGAUGGCACCAAGGAGGAGGGCAAGUACAAGCAGAACGUGCUCGUGAGCGGCAAGCGUAAGAACCUCAUCCCGCUGCGUGCCAGCAAGAUCCGCGAGAAGGUGGACCGCGCUGUGGAGGCCGCCGAGCGGGCGGCCACCAUUGCCAAGCAGAAAGCAGAGAUUGCAGCUUCCAGGACUUCCCACUCGCGCGCCAAGGCCGAGGCAGCCCUCACAGCGGCUCAGAAAGCCCAGGAGGAAGCACGGAUCGCCAGGAUCACUGCCAAAGAGUUCUCCCCUUCCUUCCAGCACAGGGAAAACGGGCUCGAGUACCAGAGGCCAAAGCACCAGAUUUCCUGCGACGACAUGGAGGUGCUCUCCACGGGGACACCCCUGCAGCAGGAGAGCCCCGAGCUGUACCGCAAGGGCACCACCCCUUCCGACCUGACCCCCGACGACAGCCCCUUGCAGAGCUUCCCCGCCAGCCCCACGGCCACCCCUCCGCCAGCCCCCGCCUCCAGGAACAAGAUGGCCCACUUCUCCCGGCAGGUGUCGGUGGACGAGGAGCGAGCCGCGGACAUCCAGGUGCUCCUCGAGGGCCGCGCCGGGGACCACGCCCGCAACAGCUGGGGCGAGGAGAAGGCCGGGGGCUCCAGGGGCGUCCGCAGCGGUGCCCUACGCAGCGGCCAGACCAGCGAGGACUUCCGGGCCCGGGGCUCGGGCCACAAGCAGCCCGGGGGGAACCCCAAGCCCCGGGAGCGGCGGACGGAGUCCCCCACCACGUUCUCGUGGACUUCCCACCACCGGGCUGGCAACCCCGGCUCCGGGGGCCCCAAGCUGCCAGAGCCCGACGAGGAGCAGCUGAGCAACUACAAGCUGGAGAUGAAGCCCUUGCUGAGGAUGGACGCCUGCCCGCAGGACACGCACCCCCAGAGGCGGCGCCACAGCCGGGGCGCAGGGGGUGACCGGCGCUCAGAGGACCGGGCUUUCGGCUUGCAGAGACUGAGGUCCAAGUCCCAGAACAAGGAGAACUUCCGGCCAGCCUCCUCCACGGAGCCCACGGUGCAGAAACUGGAGAGCCUGAGGCUGGGGGACCGGCCUGAGCCUCGGCUGCUGCGCUGGGACCUGACCUUCUCCCCACCCCAGAAGUCCUUACCUGUUGCACUGGAGUCUGACGAGGAGAACGGGGACGAGCUCAAAUCCAGCACUGGCUCAGCUCCCAUUUUGGUCGUCAUGGUGAUCCUGCUUAACAUUGGAGUCGCCAUUUUGUUUAUUAACUUUUUCAUCUGAUGAGAUUGUCAAGAUCGGAGAAGCAACAAUGUACAAAAAAGGGACGUUAGAAGUGUGACAACAUGGGAAAGAUUCCCGACUCGGACAGCCCCACAACUCCCAAGUCUUUCCACAGAAGAACAACAUGGUUGGGUAUCACUCACAGUUUGCCUUUUUUUCUGGGUAAUGUUUUUUGGAUUUUAGCCAAAAUUCUUUGCUUGUUUAACACUAUGCUGUGUGUGGCAUGGCAGAAGGAGGCCAGCACGCCGACCCUCCAGCUUGGUGUGGAAAAGAGAAGGGGUCCCGGCAAGCCAGCGGCAAAGGAAAUCAGCACCUUCACGCUUCCUGUUGGGGUGUGGAGAGUGGCUGGGGCGCCCUGUGACAGGGUUCCCAGCCAGCCAGCCAGGCCAGGGGGAGGGCAGCUAAGUAGCGCAGUCAUGGAAGGCAGGUGGCUCUGCCUGUCUUUGGUAGCUGGUGACAGUGUGGGCAGGAGGCCCAGGGACAGGGCUUCCCAGGCCUUUUUCUACUUUGAAUCUGUGCUGCAUACUUGUGGGAGGAGAGAACCUCUCUUCUCCCCAGGAACCAGACCACGACCCCCUCUUCUCGGCACUGCCCCACGGCCCUCCUCGGGAGGCCACCUCCCCACACCAAGUCUUAAUGCAAAACCCUUAUCCCACCACCACCCUCCACACUGUCCUCAGCCCCUCAUUGUUUGCACUGUCCAGCCAUCCUCCCUCCAGACCCAGGGACAACGUGCUCCGGAUGUCCAGGGCCGAGCCCGAUCCGGCCAGGCGCUUCCGUGCCCUGACCCCAAGGGGCCCGUGGCCCACAUGCCCCGGACAGCCCGACUGCGCGCCUGGGAUCUGAGCAUGUGGCGUUUUUGCACUCAGUAUGCAGGAUGUAUAUUCAGGCUUCCGUGUCCCUGGCCGUGACACCCCAUGGAGGACGUCACCUCUCACUGACCUCCAUGGGGUCUCACAUCAUUGCACUGUGCCUGCCUCAACUUCCCCUGACAGAUAUGCAUAUUCCCUCCAGAGCAGGUCUGGUCCCGGGACAGGAAUGUCAUUGAAACCCAGUGGCUUGAAUUUCCUGGAAAUUGUUGCAUAUCCAACACCUCCCCGGAUGUACAAUGUAACUUGUUUCAGUCAAACAAAACAGGUUCCUCAUGUCUCUGCCUUCUCUACCAGGGUUGUUCCCUCAUCCAAACAAAUGAACAAGGGAUGCCAGCACGUCUGGUGCCUGCGGCCCGGCGCGUCUGUGUGUGCGGGAGCCCGCGUGCGCCUGGGCCCCCCCCCCCCCCGUGGCUCCAUCAGUCUUCUUGGGUGCAGCCCGUCUGUCUUAUGGACUCUGCCUUGCUUUGCUUAUGUUCAGCUGUUUCUCUGCUACCUUUCGAGCAGAUUUCUUUACUACACUGCACUGGAUUGCUAUAUUUUUAACCAGAAAUAAACUACAGAUUAGAGCAUGUUCCAGCUACACUCAGUUUUAUUGUUUCCGUUAUCCACUCACUGCCCGUCCCUUCUCCCAGGCUGGUUCGGUUUGGGGGUCGUGGGAGGGAGGUGACACCAUGCAUCUCUGAUGAUUGUUUCUAAGGGUUCCUCUUUUGUACAGCUGACUUUUGCGUUCCUCUUUUUUAAUGUCAAGUGGUUGCUGCAGAUCUGAAGUGAAACAAAUAAAGAUUCCUGCUCUUUGCAGCUCUGAGAA